AUGGCUGAUAAAAAGAUAGCAAAACGUCAAGGCGUAAUUUAUACCGAGACUGCAAAUUCAAUUGCACAAGCCCUCUAUGAUCUUGAAAACAAUGUUCCAGAAUUAAAAAAAGAUUUGAAGCCUUUACAAAUUUCUGACGCAAAAGAGGUGUGUACAUGUGGAGGUAAAAAGGCCAUUGCAAUUUUCGUCCCAGUCCCAUUAUUGAAGCAAUUCCAUAAGGUUCAACAAAGGCUUACUCGUGAACUAGAAAAGAAAUUCUCUGACCGCCACAUUGUUUUUAUUGCACAACGAAAUAUUAUGCGCAAACCCGGCCGUAAGUCCCGAGCCAAGCAGGCUCGUCCGCGAUCGCGGACUCUUACCUCUGUACAUGAAAAGUUUCUAGAAGACUUGGUAUAUCCCACUGAAAUUGUGGGAAAGAGGACACGUGUUAAAGUUGAUGGUAGCAAGAUCAUUAAAGUGUAUCUUGAUAGCAAGGACGCUACAUCUUUAGAAUAUAAACUUGACACUUUUAAAUCUGUCUACAAGUAUCUUACUAGCAAGGAUGUCGAGUUUCAAUUCAAUCAACUUGAUUGA